AUGGGAUUCCUCAACGCAAUCAAUUGGCCAAAGAGGUCUGUCAGAGUCUCAGAUGUAGCUUCGGAGGAGAUCAAGGCCAUGGGUCGCUCUCCAUCUAGUCUUUCUAGCCGGUCCAACAGUAUCACUCCAAAUCCGACAGCGAUUAGUCCCGCUCCAUACUCUGCCUCACCCGAUCCUGAAUGGUGGAGCAUCGAUCACACCUCCGCGGAAGAUGACGAUGACAUGCAUGAUCCCGGUACAGCUAGAAAAUUAGACAGAUCGGGCCAUGCGUUUACUCUCAGAGGUAUAAUGAACCUCGGCUGCGUUUCCCUCAUUACAGCUGCACUGUUGAUGUUGUUCGCUGGUUACCCACUCCUAGAAGCUUUCAGAAAGCGAGAUCCUGAGCAAGGCGGCUCUUACGGCUUAGGCGGAGUCAAUGCUACCGGACAGAUUCCCGAAUUCGCUAUCAAUUUCGGCAUGAUAGACUCCGACACCCCCCAAUCAGCACAUCGUCGCACGAGCUUCGAUGGAAAGCCGCAGGUUUUGGUGUUUUCUGAUGAGUUCAACGUAGACGGCCGUACAUUUUAUCCAGGCGAAGACCCAUACUGGGAAGCCGUCGAUCUGCACUACUGGGGCACGAACAACUUGGAAUGGUAUUCUCCAAAGCAGAUCACAACCACAGAGGGCAAGCUCGCAAUUACUUUGGAUGAGAGAGAGACACACGAUCUGGAUUAUGCGGGUGGUAUGAUAACAUCGUGGAACAAGUUCUGUUACUCAAACAACGCGUAUUUGGUAGCUAGUAUUGCUUUGCCUGGUACAAGCGAUGUCUGGGGGCUUUGGCCGGCAUUUUGGACCAUGGGGAAUCUCGGCAGAGCCGCGUACGGUGCUUCUCUCGAGGGUCUUUGGCCAUACUCAUAUGACACGUGCGACGUCGGCACCGUCGCUAACCAGACAUACGACGGUGUACCCGCUACUGUCGCUAAUAAAGAAGUCGGUAGCAAGUACCACGAAGGUGCGCUUUCUUUCCUUCCCGGGCAGCGUCUGUCAAGAUGCACUUGUCCAGGCGAGUAUCAUCCUGGUCCUAUAGACAGCAAGACAGGGGAGUUUGUCGGCAGGGCUGCUCCUGAGAUUGAUGUGUUUGAAGCACAGGUUGAAAUAGCGUCAAGAACAGGACAAGUUUCGCAGAGUGCGCAGUGGGCACCUUUCAAUGCUAACUAUGAGUUUAUUGAUAAACAAGGCACAACGUACGAAUUCCACAACGAUGAGGCUGAAAUAAAUGUUUACCUCGGCGGUGUUUUCCAACAAGCUACUUCGAGUCUGGCAACGACAAAUCAGGCUUGUUACAGUGGAGAAAAUCCUACACCUAACGGCAGCUGCUUUUCCGAAUACGGCGUAGAAUUUUCAGGCGGACCUGACGGACACGUGACAUGGGCAUCAGAUGGAGAGGAGACUUGGACUUUGUUUGGGAGCGCAAUGGGAGCUGACCCUGUGUCUCAGAUAGGACAGCGACCAAUCAGCGAAGAACCAAUGUAUAUCAUCCUCAAUCUCGGUAUUUCAAAGAACUUUGGUGAUGUCGACUUUGAGGAGCUCGUUUUCCCAGCGAUCAUGUACGUGGAUUGGGUGAGGGUGUAUCAGCCAGAAGGAGAGGUAAACGUGGGCUGCGACCCGAAGAAUCGACCAACUGCAGAUUACAUAGAGCACUUCAAAGAGGCCUAUCAGAAUCCAAAUAUGACGACAUUUGUCGACGACUAUGGUAAACAAUUCCCAAAGAAUAGCUUCCUAGGAGAAUGCUAA